GAAGUGAAGAUAUCUUCUGAUAAUUCACGUAUGUAUUGACGGUAUAAGUGAAGAGAUUAAGGUGAAUUUUAGUCACUGUUAUUGACACAGGAUUUGCCCAGUACCCACAGAGAAACCCCAUGGUUCUGGUACAGCAUGUGAAACAUUCGAGAUAUUAUUUUAAAGCGGAUGAUCAUUCGGUGGCAUUUCUUCUUUCAACAGAAUACAAGGAAGCAUUCAACAUGUAUGAUAAGGACCAUGAUGGCAUCAUCUCCACACAGAAGCUUGGGGCGGUACUGCGGGCUCUGGGACACAACCCUACCGAGAUUGAGAUGCAGGAAAUGAUUGACGAGAUAGAUUCUGAAGAUACCGGCUCCGUAGACUUUGAGAGUUUCCUGGACGUUGUGAUGAGUCGUGACAUUGAUGACGAAGACCACGAGAGGGCGCUACGCGAGGCCUUUAAAAUGUUUGACAGGGACGGGAAUGGCUAUAUAGACGCAGAGGAAUUGCGGCUAUGUAUGAUGAAUCUAGGUGAAAAACUAACACAAGACGAGGUAGAAGAAAUGAUCCGAGAAGUGGAUGUCGACUUUGACGGUAGAAUGAACUAUGAAG